AUGUCUCUUCACAAACUGCACAAAAAACACAAGUUCAACGUCCAGCUGAAGCUUCAUGAACUUAUCAAUAUCCCACAACUUUCAGGAAAAUGCUACAUCCAUCUGACAGUAUCUAACAAGAGACACCAAUCGACCAACCAAUACAGCACAAAGACCGCUUCUUCACCAGUGGUAAAUCACAGAUGCACAUGGGAUCACGAGGUCCAGACCGUGAUAAAACUAUACGAAGACUCGAAUGGCUAUAUUUCAGACAAGUGGCUGACGCUCAAAUUUUACGCAGUGAUGACUAGUGAUGAACUUCUAGGUAAGCUAGAGCUCAAUCUUACUGAAUACUUGAACGAAACCAGUGAAGUUACCAACAGGUACCUCCUCCAAGACUCAAAGGCCAAUUCAAUCUUCAAGAUGUCGCUGUGGAUUGAGAAUGACGCUGAGUACAAGAUCCCGCCUCUUUCAAAGGACAAGAUAUUCCAGGGACUCACAAAUGUGAUAGAGACGGAAUCUGCUACUUCAGGCUCCGAGACAGAGCAUAACCCUAAGAUGCUGAAUAGCCAAAUGAUGAGCCAACUUAUAAACAAAGCUUACAAAUUCACGUGGCAAUUUGCGGGAAUUUCUGGAACGCAGAACUACGACGAAUUCACGCCUUCUGAGUGUGUGGAGGAUAUCUUCAACUACAACGGAACAGGGUGGAAGCGCAAUGACGAUGGCGUUGCUUUUGUAGAUUUGGCCUCUAAUCAGUUGAAUCACGUUAAAGAGGAGAGAAGCGAAACCAGGUGGAGAUACGACGAUGAGGACUCGGACGAUGAGGCCGAGUUUGCCUCGCGAAAGGCAAAGCACUACCUGCCUCCAAAGGAGUUGGAUAUAAGGCAGGACUUAAAGAGUUGGAGAAUCAGUGCCUGA